GCGCGGGCCGGAGGUUGGCGCGGGUGGAGUGCGUGUGCAGGGCGCUCUCCGGUGGUCUGGGUUUCCGGUCUGCUGAGGCGGGACCCGGCAGGGAGCGGCGACCAGCGGCGGGGAACCGACGAAGGGUGUUGCCAUGGUGAUGGCGGUGGAGGACAGCAUGGUGCAGGUCGUGGUGCGGGUACGGCCCCCCACUCCGCGGGAGUUGGAGAGUCAGCGGCGGCCUGUGGUUCAGGUGGUGGAUGAGCGGGUGCUGGUGUUUGACCCUGAGGAGCCCGAUGGGGGCAUCCUUGCCCUGAAAUGGGGUGGCACCCAUGAUGGCCCCAAGAAGAAGGGUAAAGACUUGACGUUUGUCUUUGACCGGGUCUUUGGUGAGGCGGCCACCCAACAGGACGUGUUCCAGCACACCACCUACAGCAUCCUGGACAGCUUCCUCCAAGGCUACAACUGCUCAGUGUUUGCCUAUGGGGCCACUGGGGCUGGGAAGACACAUACCAUGCUGGGAAGAGAGGGGGACCCCGGCAUCAUGUAUCUAACCACCAUGGAACUAUAUAGAAGGCUCGAGGCCCGUCAGGAGGAGAAGAGAUUCGAGGUGCUCAUCAGUUACCAGGAGGUGUAUAAUGAGCAAAUCCAUGACCUCCUGGAGCCCAAGGGGCCCCUUGCCAUCCGUGAGGACCCUGAUAAGGGGGUGGUGGUGCAAGGCCUUUCCUUCCACCAGCCGACCUCAGCUGAGCAGCUGCUGGGGAUGCUGACCAGGGGAAACCGGAACCGCACGCAGCACCCCACUGACGCCAAUGCCACUUCCUCCCGCUCCCAUGCCAUCUUCCAGAUCUUUGUAAAGCAGCAGGACCGGGUUCCAGGCCUGACCCAGGCCCUUCAGGUGGCCAAGAUGAGCCUGAUUGACCUAGCUGGCUCGGAGCGGGCGUCCAGCACCCAUGCCAAGGGGGAGCGGCUGCGGGAGGGAGCCAACAUCAACCGCUCGCUGCUGGCCCUCAUCAAUGUCCUCAAUGCCCUGGCCGACGCAAAGGGCCGCAAGUCUCACGUGCCCUACCGGGACAGCAAGCUGACCCGCCUACUCAAGGACUCCAUCGGGGGCAACUGCCGCACAGUGAUGAUCGCUGCCAUCAGCCCCUCCAGCCUGGUCUACGAGGACACUUACAACACCCUGAAGUAUGCCGACCGGGCCAAGGAGAUCAGACUCUCGCUGAAGAGCAACGUGAUCAGCCUGGACUGUCACAUCAGCCAGUACGCCACCAUAUGCCAGCAGCUCCAGGCUGAGGUGGCCAUCCUGAGGGAGAAACUCCAAGUAUAUGAGGCAAGAGCCCAGGUCCCACAGCAGGACCUCCCACAGUCCCCCAAAUCCAGCCCUGCACGUCAGCUGUGAGUUCUGCCCCGCUCU